CCUAGUAAUACAAGAUAUUAUUAUGAAGGCAGCGGCGUUCUCUGAACUGUGGUGGGCUUGCUCUUCCCUUUCCUUUGGUGUCUGUGAGUCGUACCGUACGUUGAAAAAGCAUGGGUUUUCGUGGCGUUCUCGGCGGUGGCGGGGCUGAUAACCUAGUAAGGAAUACUGCAGUCACCGCCAAUUCACAGAAAUCAUUGUGGUUAGCAGAUUCGACAGAUGAUUUGAAUCAUUGCAAGAGACUUGUCUCGUGGUUUGAAAUGUGUGCAAGAAGUUAUAAGGAAGAAGGAGGGAAAGAAAAUCCGUUUUGCCAAUCUUUCCUACAAGAUAUUGAAAGGGACUGUGCUAAAUUUAAGCCCUCUUGGAGUGAUUGGUGGACAAAUGACUUGAAGAAAGAUCAUUGUUAUGCAAUCGAACGAACAUAUGAUUUUUGUAAUUUUUUAUUGAAGGGACUGAAGGAAGCAACCAAAGAAAUUAGAGACAAAUGCAAUUAUCUGAGUUCGGUGGAAACCAGAAAUCUUGUUUCUAAAGUUAUUUACCAGUUAGAUUGCAUUAAGAAGGAGUUGAUUUCUAUAAAAGAUGAAGUGAAAGCCAUUAAGCAAAUGCUGGAUGAUAGUGACAAAAGAGGAAAAGAAAUGAAGAAGAACUGAGAGAUAAAACUGUUUUACUUUUUUUAGUUAUAUGCUUUUAUUUUAGCUGUUGGGUCUAUCUUGACAUUAGUUUUUUAUGACAUUAUGACUGAUGUGUUUUGAGCAGUGGAAACUAGUUGAUACAUUUAUUUAGCUGUAUAUUUUAUAUAUUUUCUUGGCUGUAUAUUUGAUACAUUUCAUUUGCUAUAUGGUCGAUAAAUUUUUUUUGCUGUAUAGGUUUUUGAUGACAAUAGUUUUUUAUGACAGUAUGACUGAAGUUGAUACAAUUCCUAUAGGUUUUUGAUGACAUUAUAACUGAUGAUUUUUGCAUAAAGGAUUAUUAUAAUUUCUUUGCAAUUUGUUCUCUUUAAAAUUAUGAUCUGUUUUUAUGAAUUUUUGUUUUUAUUUUUGAUGAUUCUAAAUUUGAUCAAUGUGUGGUUAUUUCUGUAAAAUCAUUUUGUAAAGAAUAUUUUUACAGGCUUACAGAUAAUGAUGGCUUACAAAUGACAAAACUUUAGUGGUAGCGAGUUUAUUUGGAUGAAAUGAUGAAGUGUAGGGAAAAGAUGGAGGAC